UAACGAGUUGCAAAAAACGCGCGUGAUUCGAUGUCACCAACUCAGUAAUACGUGGCAGUCCUCCUCCUUGAUUAAGCAGAGCACCACCUCCAAUUUUGCACGAUUUAGCCCAUAAAACAACACCGUCACAAUAGAGAGAAACAAUUCAAUCACCAAAACUUGAAAAAUGUCUACAAAUGAUGAAUACUCUCACUGAAUCUCUUAGAAGGGUCUAAAGGAAUGCUGAAGUUUCAUACUUGCGCAUGUUUUUUCUUGAUUCUAAAUUGAAAGUGUAUAGUCACUGGAACACGAUUAAGGCUUAAACAUGAGUGGGAUAAACAAAAAUACAGACGGUUGUGAUGAUGAUAGUACUAGAAAUGAAUCAUUUGCAAGCCAUGGACCAAAUGAGAAUUCUGACUAUCUUGAUCAUGAGAUUGCUCAACUCACCAAACUGAGAUCAGAACCCAAUCAACUUUUGGUUCGAGAUGUGCCUGGCAGAGUGAGGCUGCCUGUAUCGACAGUGAAAAUGUUGCUUGCUCGAGAGGGUAAUUAUUCAGGGAGAGGGAGAUUCUCAUCUGCAGAUAGUUGUCACGUAUUGAGUCGAUACUUGCCUGUCCAUGGUCCUUGGAGAGUGGACCGGUUGAAAAGCCGUGCCUAUGUUUCUCAAUUUUCAUAUGAUGGUACUCUUUUCAUUGCAGGAUUUCAGGGAAGUCACAUUAGGAUAUAUAAUGUGGACAAGGGGUGGAAAGUACAGAAAGACAUCUUAGCCAAAAGUUUGAGAUGGACAAUUACUGAUACAUGUCUUUCACCAGAUCAGCGCUAUCUUGUGUAUGCUAGUAUGUCACCUAUUGUCCAUAUUGUAAAUAUUGGAUCUUCUGCAACAGAAUCUCAUGCAAAUGUCACGGAAAUUCAUGAAGGUUUUGAUUUUUCUGGGAAUGAAGAUGAAGAUGAUGAAUUUGGGAUUUUCUCUGUAAAGUUUUCAACAGAUGGGAGGGAGCUUGUAGCUGGAAGUAGCGAUAGUGCAAUAUAUGUUUAUGAUCUGGAGGCAAAUAAGAAUAGCCUCCGAAUUUCUGCGCAUCUGUCUGAUGUUAACACAGUAUGUUUUGCGGAUGAAACUGGUCAUCUCAUAUAUUCAGGAAGUGAUGAUAACCUCUGUAAGGUGUGGGAUAGGCGUUGCUUUAUUGGCCGAGGACAAGCAGCUGGUGUCCUUACAGGACAUCUAGAAGGCAUUGCAUUCCUAGACAGCCGUGGGGAUGGGCGUUACUUAAUUUCGAAUGGAAAAGAUCAAACUACCAAACUAUGGGAUAUACGAAAGAUGUCCAAUAAUGACACAUGCACUACCACAUUAAGGGAUUCUGACUGGGACUACAGGUGGAUGGAGUACCCACCCCAUGCACGAAUACUGAAACAUCCUCGUGAUCAGUCAUUGGCCACAUACAGAGGUCAUUCGGUCCUGCGCACUCUGAUUCGCUGUUACUUCUCUCCAGAAUAUAGCACUGGUCAGAAGUAUAUCUACAGCGGAUCAAGUGAUUGUUCUGUUUAUAUUUAUGAUCUGGUGAGUGGUGCUGAAGUUGCAAGACUUGAUCAUCACGAAGGCCCUGUAAGAGAUUGUAGUUGGCAUCCUCUCUAUCCAAUGAUCGUUAGCUCUUCUUGGGAUGGAGUAAUCGCCAAAUGGGAAUUUCCUGGGUAUGGAAAAGCACUUGUGCCAUUGAGACGAAGGUCAAAUCGGAGGCGGGUUUACUACACUGAUGUUGACUUAUAGUUGUACAGAUGCAUUUUGGUUUUUUUGGAUUCAAUGGUUAGUAAAAUCCAGGUCAUGUCGAUCUCUGGCUGGAGUGUGCAUCUCUGUAGAAAGACAUACAGAUUUGUACAUCUAAGGGAGGUUAUAUUUUGCUAUCACUGCUGUGGAAAGUCCAGCAGUUGGUCUAGAUAAUAGUAAUAUUACAGAUUCCUUUUGUUUGAAAUUUGAUAUUGCUGUAUGUAAAAACUCCCAUUUUAUAUCAAUCAUUACUGCUGGCAAUUGGAUGACAAA